CACCCCCGCCUGCUUCAGCCCGUACCCCACACCCCCUCCUGCUUCCGCGCGCGCGAGGCGCCCCUCAGAGUAAUUUUCCAGGAUGUCUUCUCUAACAGAGAAGGACAGACCAAUUGUUCAGCUGUUACUGAACACUGGCACUUGCCCACGGUGUAUUUUGAGGUUCUGCUGCGUGGGAUCACAGACUCUUUAUAGACAUCCAUACAAGGAUUUGAUGAAGGAUUUAAAAGACUUCCUGAAAAAUAAUCAAGAAAAGGAAGAUACAGUUUGUUUUGAUGUUGUUGAUCCUCCUUGUAAAAGAGUCAGGCUUGAACACACCGAAGAAGGGCCUGACAAUGUGAACCACAAUGGAGCACUCCAGCAGAUUCCUUCUGUUAAUGAUGAAAAUACUGCAAUGGAGAACUCUGCUGUGAAGGUUUGCAAUGUGUGUUUGGGAAUUCUUCAGGAGUUCUGUGAGGCUGACUUUGUUAAAAAGGUGUGCCAAAAGGUUAAUACUGCUGACUACCAAUUCACUAGUUUUGUAUUUUCUGUGUCGUUACCCCCACAGCUGUCUGUCAGGGAGCGUGCUACUUGGCUGUUGGUAAAACAGGAAAUGGGAAAACUGGGCCUUUCCUGGGCAAAAGAUGACAUUGUUCAGCUGAAAGAAGCUUAUAAGUGGAUCAUUCAUCCCCAGCUGUCAGAGAAGUUGGAUGUUCCUGCUGAUGGAAAGAGUUUGUUUGAAGUUAGUGUGGUCUUUGCUCACCCAGAAACAGAUGAAGAAUGCCAUUUCCUAGCCACAGCUUGUCCAGACUGUUUCAAACCAGCGAAGAACAAACAGUCUGUUUUCACUAGGAUGGCAGUUAUAAAAGCUCUAGAGAAGAUAAAAGAAGAGGAUUUUCUUAAGCAUUUUCCAUGUCCCCCUAGUUCACCAAAGAACUUCUGUGUUGCUCUGGAUAUUCAGUGCAAUAAUGGUGCAGUUUUUGUGGCUGGAAGAUACAAUAAAUAUUCAAGGAAUUUACCUCAGACUCCCUGGAUUAUUGAUGGGGAACGCAAGCUGGAAUCUUCAGUGGAAGAACUGAUUUCAGAGCAUCUAAUGGCAGAAUUCAAAGCAGAUAGCUUUAAUUUUUCUUCCUCUGGAAGAGAAGAUGUGGAUGUAAGAACACUUGGCAAUGGAAGGCCCUUUGCAAUUGAGCUUGUGAAUCCUCGUAGAAUACAUUUUACUGCUGAGGAUAUGAAGGGACUUCAGCAGACAAUUAAUAACUCUUCAGACAAAAUACAGGUUCGAGAUUUACAGCUUGUCACCAGAGAGGCAAUUGGUCGUAUGAAGGAAGGUGAAGAGGAAAAGACAAAGACCUAUAGUGCCUUAAUAUGUACAGACAAAGCAAUACAGAAAGAAGAUAUUGCAUUUCUAGAUGAUAUCAAGGAGUUAAAACUGGACCAGAAGACACCUCUGCGGGUUCUUCACAGAAGGCCUCUAGCUGUAAGAUGUCGGAUCAUUCACACCAUGAAAUCUGAGUACAUAGAUGAGCAUCAUUUUCGCCUGCAUCUGAAGACUCAAGCUGGAACCUACAUAAAAGAAUUCGUGCACGGAGACUUUGGAAGAACAAAGCCCAAUAUUGGCUCCCUACUGAACAGAACUGCUGACAUUCUGGAGUUGGAUGUAGAAUCUGUUGACAUUGACUGGCCUCCAGCACUGGAUGAUUAACUGUUCAAGCUGGGACAAGGCAGAAGCACCUCCUCUGUCAGCAGCUGAUUACUGAACACUGCACUUUUUUACAUCUGGGUAGCAAAGUAUUUCAGUUCACAUUUGGAUCAUGUUGAUCUGGCAAAGGAUACUAUUACCUUGAAUCAACUUUGAACAUUCUGGAACAGGUAGUAUGGGUUCAAUCGCUGGCCUUAUUUUAAUUUCUUCUGUACAUAAAUGAUUUUGGUAAGCUAGUGUAUUGAUCCUAAGUCUUUUUAGAAAAACAAUUAAGAAAAAGAUAAAUGGUGUAAUGUGCAAAUGUUGUGCAUUAAAUAUGCUUUCUGCAAUAUUUUAAGAUGUUUCAAUUAAAAAUAGCCCUCCCUCAAGCCAGGUUUUCUUUUAAACUGUCAAUAUUGGAUGCUGCAGCUUUCUUGACUGAAUGCAGGUAGCACCAAGUUACCUGAAACCCAAUCCUAACUUUUUCUGAGCACAGUUCAUGCAGGAAAUUCCAGAAAUCAGGGAAACUGAAACCAGCAGUAUAGCGUUUGGAAUGAGGCAAUGCUCUGCUCUCUGCUGAUUGCUUUUUAGUCAGUAUCAGUUUGAGGCAGAUAAAUUUGUCUCCCAGACAAAGUACUUUUCAAAGGGAAAAAGUUUUAAAAGGAAAACUUGGUACUUCAGGCCAACUUUUUCUUUUUUAAAAACAUCAGCCAUGCUUCCUGGAAACCACAGUCGAGACGUUUGGGUUCUCUGGCCUGGUUACAGUCCUCUUCAGGUAUAGGAUUUCCCCAGUUGAGUCACCAUAUAUAAAAAGAUUGGGAACUUCUGGCAGUGAUGCAUGAUGGAAAUCUGAAUAACAAUAGGAAUACCAAGAAUUUCAAAGUGCAAGAAAUAUAAAAUGUUCCAAAGAAUGUAGUUAUUGAGAGUCCAGGACAGAGAUAAAAAGCUUUGGUUUGUAGUGUAGUAAUUUUUUUGUAGUACCUAGACCUGGAGGGAUGCCUGGAAGAGCUGAACGUUGCCUAGGAACUUUCCUGGAACAGAGAAGACCUGAGUUUUUCUCUUUGCUCAUGUGAUUUUAAAUGUUUCAUAAGAAGCACCACCUACAUCCUUUAGAAAAGCUACUGCUACACCUAUAUCCUGUUUAUAGGAUACACCUAUAUCCUGCUUAUAUUCCUACACAUUAGGAAGAUGCUUCUUCUGACCUUAAGUACAGAAGAGAGUUAAACUACUGACAAGAAAUUAAGGUUUGGAAUUUAAGGGCUCUUUGUUAAUUAACAUUUCAGAAAUCAAGAGGGCAAUAGUUGGCAGGAACUGCUGCGGGGAGACAGGGAGGUUUACUGAGUUGCUUUACCUUCAGUUUGUUGGUGCCAGGACCUCCUAAUAGAGCAGCUGCAUGACAGCUUCAGCUGAAGGCUCAAAAAAGGAUUUAUAAAUUAUCUUUAAGGAGGUCCUAAAAACUCAUCUUGAAAAAGUAGUGUAAAUACUACACACUCUGCCUGUGAUGGGCUGUCAAACUUGUCUCAUGUCAUUUGUUUUCCUAGUACGGUGUAACAGAAGUACAGCAGUAGUUCAGGAGCUCCUGUUUUUCUAACAAGAAUAAUAGGAACAUGAUUCAGACAAGAGGUUUGGUGGUUGUGUUGGAUUUUUUUUGUUUGUUUUGAAUCUGAAAACUAUUAUGAGCAACAGAUUCCAGGAGUAGCAGUCACAGAUAAUAAUCUGUACCCAGAAAGGAAGUGUCAUGUAUGAUGGAAAAAUUAAGAAAUUGAAUUCAGAAAGCAAACAAAAGAGAAUUUCAGUCUCGUAUCGAUGUGACUUCUUGAAACUCAAAAUGAGCUAAAAUGAUUUAUAAAUUCCAUAAGCUACUGUAAACAAGACUGUACUAUAAACACACCAGACACAAAAAGAGGUGUUCUAAGGAGGAAAGAGCACUAACGAGGCAGAAGCUGAGAGAGCUCCUGCUGGAGUAUAGGGACACGUGAGGUGCUCCAGUCCACAGCUCUUUCCACCAUGCUGAUGGUGGAGAUCGUGUUAAGAAUCAAAGUACAUAUAAACAAGGCCAUAAAGAUUACACUGAAAGUGCAGAGUCUGAUCUCUUUUCCAAACAAUGUACAGAGGUCCACCAAAAAUUCCCAAAUUGCUUAUUUUUUAUGAGUGUGGAUUAUCCAAAGGAGGAGGGGGAAAAUAUCUCCACAGCUCUUUAGCUUGUUAUUGUUCAGGGAUCAUGUGAAAAUAUGAAAGUGAGAGAUGUAAUCUGCUUUUUAAACCAGAUUAAAGGCUGGUUUUAAGUUUGCGGUUUCUAAGACGAGCUAAAUACUAAGAGCUAUCCUAAUCUAUAAUGAAUAUUGCAGCAAUAAUAAUGUACUUUGGCCUUCAUUUUGCUUUUAAAAGUAAAAUGCCUACUUAUGGGUAGGCAACAAGGAUGUUUUGUGAGAAUAAGCUUUAAUCUUGUUUACAAGGCAUGUAUGAAAAAAGCAAAUAUUUUCUAGCAUGUUACAUGAAAAAUGCCAGGUGGUGUUCCAUAGCACCAUCCUUAUCUACCCUGGAAGGACUCAAAAUAAAGUUGUUGUGUUUCUCUUAAACAACUGAUCACCUCUAACUUCCUCCCCCUGCUUUUUUUUUUUUUUUUUUUUUUUUUUUGCUGCAUUAUCUUAGCUGAACCUUUAGAAAGCUGCAGCUGAUCUGGCAGAGCAUGACAGCAUCUGUCCUCUCUGCCCUUCCAACUCAAAGGUCACUUUGUCUGCCACAAAAAAUUGGCUGAGUGCAGACAGCCCCCCACUGUACAUAUGGCUUUAGAUUUUGUAGUGGCAAAUGGUAACUGUGAGCAGAAAAUACUCCAAAUAGCAUCAGGAGAAGCACCCCAUAUCCUACCUUCUUCCAUUUCUCUGGCUUUCUUGCAGUGAGGGACAUCAGGAAUCUGAGAAGGUUGCAGAAGCUAAGUACUUAGUAUAACCAGUUUUUUAAUUACCAAACCAACUCGUUUACAAAGGAAAACAGAACUUUGAAAAUAUUUAAUUAUACAGUAAAAACAAAUUGUACUAUAAAGAGCUUUCUAUGAAGUGAGUAAAAUGUUUACAUUUAAUAUACUUAAAAUUGAGAACUUCAAAAAAAAGAACUGAAUAAACACAUUUCAAGCUUUC